GGCUGGACUGAGCAAGCGUCACUAGCAAUUGUGAGUGGAAGGGACUUGGUUGCACAUUACCGUUGACGAAGUCAAUCUGCAGGCCCCCGGGAGAAGAUCAUAGCUUGCUUAUUUAUGGAAGUCGAUUCCAAUCUGAUUGGACUGUAGUGCUUGAAUCCCUCCAUUGGACACUUAUCACGUGACUGAUAUCAAACGUUAAACCUUGAGCCACACAUAUUUCUUUAAAAUGUCUACCUCUCUUCUUUCCUAUGCCUCAAACAUUACUGCAGCCAUACAGUCUGCUGUGCAGGCCUUCCCACGCCAACGCUUACCGUUGUUCUGUGCAGCAGGCAUGGGGCUCACAGCUAUAGUCUCUUGGAUGUGGUGGAGGCGGAGGCGAGGUGAGGAGCUAGAAUUGAAGCAGGUGGGAAUUGUGUCCCAACUUCUGAUUUAUCCCAUCAAGUCAUGUCGACCAGUGUCAGUGCAGGAAGCAGACUGCAUGGAGCUUGGUCUCUAUAAAGGAGAUCUUAGGGACAGGCAUUGGUUGGUGGUGACUGAGGAUGGGCAUAUGGUGACCGGCAGACAGGAACCUCGUAUGGUCCUCAUCUCUGUGAGCGUGCGUGGUGACUCUUUGUGCCUUAAAGGUGAAGGGAUGGAUGAGCUCCUAGUUCCCAUGUCACUUCCCAAAAGCAACAAGGUGCGGGACUGCAGAGUGUUUGGAAGUGAUGUUCAAGGCCGAGAUUGUGGGGAAGAAGCUUCUAACUGGUUCACAUCCUAUUUUCAAAGCAGUCAGCCUUACUACUUGGUGCAUUUUGAAGCAGACAUAAUGCAUCCACGCAAAUCCAAAGAAAAGGAGAAGCUGUUCCGAGAGACAGAUGUCAUUGCUUAUCCUGAUGCCAGCCCCAUUAUGCUUCUCUCUGAGACAUCCCUGGAGGAUCUCAAUAGCCGUCUUGCAGAACCAGUCUCUUUGGGGAAUUUCAGGCCUUGUAUAGUGGUAUCUGGCUGUGAGGCCUUUGCAGAGGAUGCUUGGAAUGAUGUCAAGGUGGGCAAAUGUCAACUUAAGAGGAUCAUGGCAUGUGGACGCUGCAUCUUAACUACUGUGAACCCUGAAACUGGAGUCUUGACACGCAAGGAACCACUGGAUACCCUAAGAACCUAUAGGAAUAGUGACUCCUCCCUGAGUUACCUGUAUAAAACUGCACCUCUCUUUGGGCAGUACUAUGGUGUGGAGCAGACAGGCAAAUUAAGAGUAGGGGAUCCAGUAUAUCAGAUGAUCAACAGGAAUUAGCACUGAAUCAUAUACUAUGACACCAGGACCAUUGUAUUUGAUAUUAAAGUGAAGCAGCUCAUUAAAAAUAAAUCGCCUAUAAUAUGUGCUAAUCUUUUUCAUGAGAUGCUCCAUUUUAUCUUACAUUUAUAUGUAAGCCCAAGCCCAGAUGGGUUUUCAGGCAUAUACUAUAAAACAUUUUUGGAUAUCCUUAAACCCAACUUAUGCAAAUUAUUCACAGCAAUACUACAAGGCGACCCAUUAGCUUGAGACAUGCUAAUAUAUGCCUUAUUCCUAAACCCAGCAAAUCUCAUUUAGACCAGGCAUACCAUAGACCAAUUUCAUUACUAAAUGUAGACAUUAUGAUUUUUACUAAAAUGCUUACAAAAAGACUCCAACCAUAUCUGACAUUGCUAGUCCACCCAGAUCAGGUGGGCUUUAUUCCCAUAAGGAAGUCAAGUGAUAACACACCACGAACCCUGGACCUGAUGUGGUGGCUGAUGAAAAAAAAACAUGCCCACUCCUCCUAUCGCUGGAUGCUGGAUUCCUGUUCGCAACCUUAAAACGAUUUCAUUUCCCCCAACCUUUUCUCAAUGCAUUAAGAGAAAUAUACUCAAACCCAACUGCCAGCCUUUUGAUAAUACACACAAAUUCUCCCAAUUUUACAAUAUUCAAUGGUACAGAAAAGGAUGCUCGUUAUCCCCAUACUCUUUGCACUCUCCUUAGAACCACUCCUACAAAUGAUUUAUACUAUGCUGUUAAUAACGGGUAUCCCGGUCUGAUCCCAAGAAUACUAGGUUGCAACAUAUAUGGACCAUCUCCUAUUGACUAUUACCGAUCCAGUCCAAACAGUCUCACCAUUAUUGGUACUAUUAGAAGACUACGCCAGGCUCUCUGGCUAUAAACUUUAUAUAGACAAGAUGGAAUGUCGAGUAUGUUUCCUCUGUGCUGACUGCCAAAUGUAAUAGGUCGAGGUAUCUAGUUACAGAAGAGGUGUUGAUUUCUACAAUUGAUUUUAUUUUUUAUACCCCACAAAUACACAUUUGUUAGAAUAUAGGGGAUACGUAAACAUAUGAUCAACGUUCCUGAGAAGUGCCAUUUCCUGUUUAAUAAAAAAUGUAAUUCUGUUUAAAAACAUAUCCAUCCGUAAAUGGAGUAAUGUGUUUUGGUGCAUAAAUGUUUAUUUUAAUAAAGAAUAUAGUCACUGUUAAUAUAGUUCUUAUUAACCAGUGUUUGUUUCUACAGUUGACAAUUUGUAAUUGUAAUAAAAUAGAUUUAUCAUGAUGAUUAAUCAAAAUUAUGUAUUACAAUUUUAUAUAACAAAUACUAUCAUACAUAAUUAUAAUGAUAUG